UUUGUAAGCACUGGAGGAUUGAAGCGCUCUCAGCCUUGCGGCACUGGUUGCCACGGUAGGACUGGGGUUGGGAAUGUGGAAGACGGGCAGAAUGCCAAGGCUUGUUAUGGCAGUGACCGCUCUGCUUGCCUGUGUCCUGUAACAUGGCGCCGCCGUAGGACGGACUCUGAAUGAGUACUGGAUACUGAGGUCCUGCUGGUGCUGAUAGACAAACAAGGAAGACGCCUAAUCACUCGAGCACAAGUACUGGCCAGGCAAUACAAGGACCUGAGGAAUAUGAGUGAUGACAAACCUUUUGUAUGCACUGCCCCCGGAUGUGGCCAGAGGUUUACUAAUGAGGACCAUUUGGCUGUACAUAAGCAUAAACAUGAGAUGACACUUAAGUUUGGACCUGCUCGGAAUGACAGUGUAAUAGUUGCAGAUCAAACACCAACGCCGACUCGUUUUUUAAAGAAUUGUGAAGAAGUUGGUUUGUUUAAUGAACUAGCAAGUCCAUUUGAAACUGACUUCAAAAAGGCCUCUGAUUAUGACAUAAAGAAGCUGCCCUUAGAUUUGUCUCCUCUUGUAACACCGGUUAUACGGAGCAAAAUUGAGGAGCCGGUUAUCGUAGAAACAACGCAUCAAGACAGUCCAUUACCUCACCCAGAGUCUACCACAAGUGAUGAAAAGGAAGUGCCAUUGCCCGCCGCACAACCAAUAUCUACCAUUGUACGCCCUGCGUCUCUUCAGGUUCCUAAUGUGCUGCUUACAAAUACAGAUUCAAGUGUCAUUAUUCAACCAGCAAUACCUUCACCAACAUCCAGCACUGUAAUCACGCAAGCCCCUCCCGCUAACAGACCAAUAGCACCAGUUCCAGCUCCUUUUCCUCUAUUGUUACAUCUUCCUAAUGGACAAACCAUGCCUGUUGCUAUUCCUGCCUCAAUCACAAAUUCCAAUGUACACAUACCUGCUUCAGUCCCACUCGUUAGACCAGUCACCGUGGUGCCUACUAUACCAGGGAUCCCAGGUCCUGCUUCCCCACAGCCUGUCCAGUCUGAGGCAAAACUGAGACUUAAAGCUGCUUUGACUCAGCAGCAGAAUCCUCAGGUAACAAACGGUGAUGCAACAAAAGGACAAGGCAGCGGAACUGCAAGAAGUCGGCCAGAGGAGGUUCAGCUUCAAUCACUGCAGCAGCCUGCAACAUCCACUACAGAAACACCGGCUUCCCCUGUUCCCCCCGCUCCACAAACUCAAAGCACAGGGGGGCGCCGGAGAAAAGCAGCAAGCGAUGACCCAGAUGAAAAAAGGAGGAAGUUUUUAGAACGGAACCGCGCAGCUGCUUCGAGGUGCAGGCAGAAGCGAAAAGUUUGGGUGCAGUCUCUAGAAAAGAAAGCCGAGGACCUUGGUUCUUUCAAUGGGCAGCUACAGAAUGAAGUCACCCUGCUGAGAAAUGAAGUGGCGCAGCUGAAACAGCUUCUUCUGGCUCAUAAAGAUUGCCCUGUAACCGCGAUGCAGAAGAAAUCUGGCUAUCAUAAUGCUGAAAAAGAUGAGAGCUCAGAAGAUCUCUCAGUGCCUAGCAGCCCUCAGAUGGAAGCGAUACAGCACAGCUCAGUCAGCACUUCCAAUGGAGUCAGCUCAACGUCUAUGGCAGAAGCAAUAGCCACAUCAGUUCUCACCCAGAUGGCAGACCAGAGUACAGAACCAGCAGUCUCUGAAGUUGUAAUGACUCCGCCUCCUGCCCAGUCAUCAGGAAGUUGAUCAAAACAUCUUUGUAGCACUAGGUCUUAGUAGUCACCAAUGACUUUAGGGGGGCAAACCAUUGGAAGGCCAAUCUUUAUUUUGAAGGUUGCAAAAGCCUAAAAAAAUGUUUUGUUUUUUGUUUUUCUUUUUGUGUUUUUUUUAAUUUAACAAUAACCACUGAAGAGCGGGUCCUACUCUUGUCCAGAAAGAUUAUUCUUCUUUUUGGAUAAAGUAUGCACUGGUCUCUUUCCCUAAACUCACAGUUGCAGGAGACAAUGUAUGGCAAUGUGAUCCUCUUGUUUUAGGAGAUAUCACAUUGACUUUUUUGAAUCUCAUUGUAGAGGUUGUGCUAUGAAUGCAUCGUGACAUUUAUACCAAAGUUCUGCAUAGUCCCUUGUGACCUUCUCGACAAGGUCAUAAUGCACUAGGCAGGAGAGAAGAAAGAUCUUUUUGCUUUUAAUAUUUUUGCCUUUAUUUUGCACAUUUGAAGGAGGAGACUCUUGGGGGGAGAAUUUCCUAUAAAUUAUAUAUAUAUUUGUUUUGUGUUUCGUUUAAUUUUCUUAUGUUUGUUUGAAACUGCACAAGUUAUACAAUUUCAUAAACUUCCUACAGAUCGGUCACCUCACUUCAAAACUGUAAUAUACCGAAAAGGAAACACGUUUGCUUUUUAUUUGCAAAAAAUGUAGUAAAAGUGCAAUUCUUUCAUUUUAGUGCUUUAUUUGGGCGUGCCUACCUAAAAUAGUGAAAACCCAUACUGUGCAGUGUUAGUUGGCUAGUACUGAGUAGAAUAGGUUUUUGAACUUUUGCAUAUUUAUGUGCUUCACUAGUGUCCCAAUCUGCUGUUUACCAUGAGGGACGACUGCCAGUAAAGCCUAAAAAUAAUUAAAAAAACCCAUCAUACAAACGCCAACAUCGGACAACUCAAAACAUAUUUUUGUCAUUGUAUUUGCGAGCUACCUUGUACUUAACUAUUGUGUAAGCAGCGUCAUAUUUCAGUAGCAAAAUUUUGAUACCUUUCUUGUGAAGAAACAAAUCAGUAUAUAUAUAUAUAUAUCUUGCAAAGGUUAAUAUAAUGUGAGUGUGCGUCCAGGGUAGCGGAUUGGUGAAAAUGGAUCAGUAGGGGGCGAGAAUGGAUCAGUAGUUUUCCAGCAAACUAUUUUGAAUGUUUUAAAGAUGCCUUCAAUGUUCCGCUGGUUUAUAGCAGAUUGUGGGUUAUACAAUAAAAAUGUGUGUGUUAUUUGAUAACUAACAUUCCAUGAUGUUUAUGAGAGUGGAGCUGAUUGUAGGGUACACAUUCUCACUAUCCACUUGUCUGCAGGAUAUUGAAUCUUCUCAAUGUGCCAUUGUCUAUUCUGAUUCAAAAUGCAAUAUUUCAAGUAGUUUCACUAUAGUAAAUCAAGUGUUUACAUGGUUGUAGUACCACAUCUCUUUUACAGGAUUUAAAAGCUUAUUUGCAACAACGGUCAUUUUUUUUUUUUUGUUUCCCCGUCUAUAACCCCAAACACUCACAAAUUACUUAUCAAAUAAAUAUAUAUAUUUUAAGCUAAAUGAAAUAAUUUAUUGGGUAUUUUAGACUGAAUAAAAAAAAGUAAAAAAAAAAAAUAAAGUCCAUCCGUCAUGUUCUAUGAAGCUGUCAGUAGACAAAUUAAUCAGAAAUGAUCUUAUUUGAAGACAAUGCACUACAUUUUCUUUUUUACAAUCCCUGACAGUGAUAUUCAGCACAUUUUUCGGGGGUUAAACACGGAUGUGGUACAAAAUGUGAAUUCUGCAGGAAAGCGUUGGCUUUGUGUUAAACGGGGGUCUGCAAUUAACACAUCAUUAGAAGGAAAAAUAAUGCAAAGAAUGUUUGUUUUUAUUUAUACAUUUCAAUGUUUUUUAAAUUCUGAAAUUUCAACUUGUAAAUGAAUCUCGUGACUUGUAAGUAUGAAGAGAAAAUGUUCAUGGUGAAUGAUUAAUGAUUAUGUUAUAUAAAAAAAAUGGAAAUGUGUUCAGCCAAUGUACGAAACUGAAUGGUUAUACAAUCUCCAGUCUGUAUGUCACACUUUAGGUCUUUGGAUUUAGCAUUUCACAGACUGUUUCAUCUCCAGUACAGUUUGCAUGAGGAAAUCAUGUAUGAAAUAAAAUCUAUUAUUUAACUUUG